AUGAGUGUCGAAGAAGAUUCUCCUGAGUAUAUAAUAAUACCGGAAUGUUUGAGCCGCUGUAAAUGCUGUUUCGACGACAAUAAUCUUAAAAGCAUGUGGGAUGCGUAUAGUAAUGAUGGCGAUCAAGAAGUGUACGGAGAUAUGAUAGGAGAGUGCUUCGCAAUAUCUUGGGAAACUCACGAGCAGAGUGAUCUCAUCUGUGAGAUGUGUGUGAUAAGACUUCGAGAGGCUCUCACCUUCAAGAGAAAUAUACUGGCUACACAUGAACUGUUACAGGAAGCAAUAGAUAUGAAAGAUGUGAAACAAUUUCCAUCCAUCGAUGUGGAAAUGGAAACACAGGUGAAAGAGGAAUGGAUAGAAGAUGGAAAUUACAACGAUGGUAUACCUGAUGCCUUUGAAGAUGUGGAGUAUCUUGAUGAAGAAGAUGGAAUACAAACACCAGAACCAAAAAGAAAAUGGCCGAAGAAGAAAAAGAAAUCUGAAAGGCUGGCUCGGUACAAGCAGUACUCAGCUGAUGAUAUGAGGCAAGCUAUUAAAGCUGUUAGGAACGGGGAGAUGACUUGUACUAUAGCUGCUAUCACAUACGGUGUGCCGAAGAAAACAUUGACAGCUAAAGCCAAUGAUAAAGAUAGAAAUGAAGACGACGGUAAAGAUUCUACAAGCGAGAAACAUUACAAGCUGAUAGAGGAAAUCAAGAAUAUAUUGAAAUUCACCAACGCUAUACCGUUCAAAACUAAAACUACCCGCUAUUAUUGUGCCUACUGCUCAACUGAUGGGCCUAUAUUUGAAGAUGGGGACUGUCUUCGAUUGCAUACGAGAUUGGAACAUGAUAAAGAAAGAUUGAGAGGCGUUGAGAAGUUUAUGAGACCGCAAUGGAUGAACGAAAUCGUCAAAUUGGAUAUAGAAGGCCUGCAUUGUACGACAUGCAGAGUAAGACUGCCUGAUUGGAACAAAAUGUUCGUACAUUUCGCCAAUGCACAUAAUAUUGAAUUCGAUCAGGCUUAUACAAGAGUGAUUCCAUACGCUUUGACGUCGCAACUAAGAUGUGUGCUGUGCAAAGAAAGUUUUCACAACUACGGCCAUGUAGAUAGCCAUAUGAAUCAUCAUUACAGCAAUUAUAUAUGCCAUCAGUGUGGAGAUACCUUUUUGGCUGCGAGUCGCUUCGAUAAGCAUCUGAAAGUACACAAAAUAGGUAAUUAUCCGUGUGAAUUGUGUGAUAAAGUGUUCACUUUGGAGAAGUAUAGGACAAAACACAAAAAUUUGGUCCACGAUCAGAAAAGUAUGGUGAAAUGUCUGUACUGCAGCGAGAAAUUUGUUGGACUGUUCCAAAGACAUUUACAUGUGACCGAACAUCAUAAAGACAAAGUUAAAGUGUAUACAUGUGAAUUGUGUGGUAAUUGUUACACUUGGAAGACUUAUUUCCUAGCUCAUAUGAGGAGACGACAUGGCACUGAUAAAAAGCACCAAUGCAAGCACUGCGAUAAAUCUUUCUUAAUGAAAUAUGAGCUUAGAAAUCACAUGAUCAGGCACACGGAUGAGAAGUUUCUAUGUGGUCUGUGUGGUAAGAGUUUUAAGAGAAUGCUCACGUUGAAAAAGCACUGUUUAGCUCAUGAAGAAUUCAGUGCUGAAGAUUGA